CCGGCAUGCACCGCAUUAUUUAGUGUUGUAUCUCCGGGAGAUGUCAGACACAGCCCUCUCUCUCUCUCUCUCUCUCUCUCUGCUCCAGCGAGGAGACAAAACCCAGCCUAUCUCUCCUCUCAAAAGCCCGCAAACAGCAGAACCGACCCCAUCUCUACCACCAGACACACAGUAACCUCAGCCCAUCAAUCCGCCCAUAGAUGACUCCUAAAGGAGGGGUGAGGGAGUGAGUCUUCACGUAUGCCUUGGAAUAUCACUUCUGAAGGAUGGUCAAUGCUCCCAGCGCCUGUGAUUCAACGGUUAAUUUACGGCGGGCCUUCAUCAAACCCGGGACUGAUUGAGCCAUUUGUGCCAGGCUGGGGAGAAAGGUCUCCUGGGCUAGUGUGUGUGCAGGUGUGAGAGAGUGAGUUUAGUUACACAUGUGAGUGUGACUGUGUACCAUCAUCAACAUGGCCUCGGUGAGUGUGACCUUGGAGAAUCAACUGGACAGCGCACAGAAAAACCUUCUGUUCCUGCAACAAGACCAUGCCAACACAUUGAAAGGCCUUCAUGCUGAGGUCCGCCGCCUACAACAGCACUGCACAGACCUGACAUAUGAGCUGACAAUGCGGAGUUCUGAUCCAGGCGAUGAUGGUGAGGCUCGUUGCAGAGAGCUGCACCAGCGCUGUGAGGAGCUGGAGGCUCAGCUCAAGGCUAAAGAGCAGGAGAACACAGAGCUCCUGCGAGACCUGGAGCAGAAGAACGCCAUGAUCUCUGUGUUGGAGAACACCAUCCGUGAGCGGGAGAAGAAGUACCUGGAUGAGCUGAAGUUGAAGAGCCAUAAGUUGGCUGUGCUGUCUGGAGAGCUGGAGCAGAGAGCCAGCACCAUUGCCUACCUCACCUCCCAGCUCCACGCUACCAAAAAACGUCUUCUCGCCGGGGGAGCUGCGGGUAUAAGCCCCUCUGUCAGCCCUAUUGGCUCUUUCAAACCCACCCCACCCCCCGCUCCAGUGGCUUCAGGAAAUGACAAAGACAUCCGGCAACCCGAGACACCUCGCAGACGCAUGCGCAAAAGUCUUUCGCAGCCGCUGCACUCUGAAUACACGGAGCUGUACCGGUUGGGCGCCGCAGAUGGCCGUAGGGUGGUCCUGAGGGAUUCGGUAGAUGCCAUGCCAGAUCCCACACCAUUCCUGCAAGCCAGAGAGCCCGCGGCCCCCUUAGAGUCUCAGCCGGUCCUGCGGGAACGCCCCUCUGUAAUCCCGCCCAUCGCUUCUUUGGCCACGCCAUCAAGCCCCGCCCACAUCCCAGUGCCCCCAAGUCCCAAGAAUACUCCAUCGUGGGAGGGAACCCAUUCCCAUGCUAACGCGCAUAUAGGUGUAGCGCAUCGGAUCCACCACUCGCCCUCAGCAGGUGGGCAGCAGGCGGAAGUGGAGACCCUCGCUGUGGACCAGGUCAGUGGGGAGCAGGUGGUUCGCAAACGCUCAGGUGCAGACAGAACUGUUUAAGACUGACAAAUGCGCACCUAUACACAUCCUAAAACAGAUAGUAUAUAAAUGUAUAGACGUAUUAAGACCAAUGAAGUAUAUGCGGAAAUCUUUAUGACUGUGAAAAUCGACAUAUCUCCAACAACCUAGUGAAAAAAACAUACAGAUCACAAACACAAUACAGAUUUAAACAACUAACGAACACGAUAGCACAGCACAUCCCUGUUAAAUUCUGAACAACACGCCUUGGCAAGUGAACAAGAUUUAGGCAAAGACUGUUUUUGCGAGAGUGGGAGAAUAUGAAUGUGUUUUAAAGGGAAGAUGGAGAGACUACGGAUGGCAGCAAGAGCUUCUGUAUGUCAUGCUGCUUUUUAUGCAACACUGUAUAAAUGAAAAAAAAAAAGUUAAAUACUUUUGUUCAUGGUCAUUUGAAUAAUUUCUACAUUAGUUGGGAAGGAGAACUGUGAGCAUGCCAAAUGUUUGUUUUUCUUUCCCAUUUGACUUUCAGCGUCUUCUUUGCGCUUUCUGUUCUUCUCAUCAUCGAUAUCCCGCUCUGUUUGACUCGAGGUGCAAACACAGGAUCAUAUAUUGCCAAAUCUCUUCAUUGCCUGCCGAUUUAAUGUUCUAAUGCAUAUUCAUAUCUAAUCAUAUUUAUUCAUGAGCACUGCAGCAGUACUGGAAACUCCACUCUCCUUCCCCUUUCAUUCCCAUAUCUACAGGCUAAUGUGAACAAUCCUGCAGCUCCUUAUUAAACACCUACAGAAAUCAAA